AUGCAGUCUUGGUCAAACAAUGGCCAAAACGGCGCCGAUGAGGCACAACAACAUCAAUGGCACAAUAACUAUGCUUUUGCAGGCCAAAAUGGCCAAUUUGACCCUCAUCAGCCCUGGUCGCAGUCUGUGAGCGACCAGGCUGCUUACUCACAACUUAAUCCUCAAGAUGCUUCCGCGUCAAACUUUUUCGACUCUGAUCAAAGUCAUUCCUUCCUGUCAAACACUCUGCAUGGCUCUCAACAGGAUCAAGCAGGCUACCACCCAAGCCAUGACUCUCUCUCUAUGAAUCAACAAUUUUCACAACAGUCACAAGAUGUAAUGGAUACAGAUUUUAGUGGAAUUCAUCCUGAUAUCUACGGCCAGCACAGAAAAAUGAACCUGGAUAACGCCAUGGCUGGUCUUGGACAACUAUCAAGUCAUCAUCAUUCUACCAAUUUUCCAUAUUCUAUGGCACCAUCGAACGAGUCAUCCUUCGAACCUUCUAUCCAGCAGUUUUCUCAGCAACAUGUAAUGCCACAGACAAGUAGGCAGCAGAGCCACACACCAGUCCAGCAGUUUGAUGGUAUCUCGCCUGCUUAUGGCCAAGGUCAUAAUUUCAGUCAACCGCCCCAGCAAUCCCCGGUUCAGAAUCAGCAACAGUACAACCAAGCUGCCUUUUCACCUCCAGUGAAUGGUCAGACGCCUCAACAGCGACCGAAUGAACAGCUGAACUUCCAACAAGGUCAUCCGCAAGCACGACAGCAACCUCCUCCUCAGUCUCAACAGCAGAUCCAACAAAACCAACCACAACAACCACCACCGCAGCCUCAGUUCGCCCCCAAGCAAGCUGUGGUCUACCCCCAGACCUCGCAGCCGUUGUCUGGCCAGAAUUUCCAGCAGUCGAUACAUCAUCAGCAGCCACACCACUUCAUCAACAACGCCUCAUCACCAUCCACAGCUAACACUCAAUAUCUCAUGUCACAACCUGGCACGAAUCAAGAUACUGGGGUCCCUCAACCCGUAACGAACGAACCACCUCCUAAGAAGAGGAAGAGAGCAGCUAAGAGUGAAAUCAACACUCCUACCCCCACUCCAGAGCCCACCUCAGCUUAUAUCGACUCGCCUGUUGGGUCUCCUGCUGUGAAAAAGAUCGAUGAUCUCGAUGGCCUCUCAGCUCCAACUCCCACGCCUGAAGAAGCCCAGUUAAUCAAUCAAUUUAAUAAGCGCACUAAGGCCGCCCAAGCCAAAUUUCCUGCUAUCAAGGGGCUUCCUCAUUUGGUUCACGAGGGAACAAUUAAGCUUCCCGCACCUAAGAGCUAUGACAAGCUUGCCCCUCUCGUGGCACUGCCAGCUCGUAGUGGAAGACAGAUGGUCCCCGAACUUGGUUACAGCCUCCCAUGUGAAGUCCAGGGGCGUUUCACAAGCCAAUACCGCCCCUCUCCAGACAAGGGUGGGCUUGAUGAGAGGCGCAUGGAGGCUAAGGUGCUUUUGGAUGACUUUGAUCGUUCCAUGAAGGGCUUAGGCAAACGGCGUCCCAAAUACACGGAAUACCCACAUGCUUUCAAAGAGCAACUUAAAUCCGAUGAGGCUUCGAAGAACAAAGCUGAGAAAAAGGCAAAAAAAGAGCUUGAGGAAGAACGUGGUAAGCCAAUCCGCGCAGCUACCCGUCCAGCCGACCCUGCUGAAGCUGCUGCCUGGGAUGCCAUCGGGAUGGUGCACAUCGAGCAGUCUGUUGCGCGUACCAACACCCUAAUUGCAACCCGCGUUCAACAAGCAGGCGAGUAUUUCAUCAAACUUCGCAGUGAAAUGAACCGUGCCAAGCAGGAACUCGACCAAGCUAUCAAGGAUAAGAAGCCUGAAGUUGUGAUUGCAAGGGAACGACAGGACUUCGAGCAGAAGAAGGAAAUACUCUACCGAGCUUUGGACGCCACUAUCGAGCAUGCAGAUGAUGCGGUAUUGGAUAACCUUGGUGGUCACCAAAAGCUAGUUUUAAGUUUGGUGAAUGCGCUCAUCAUGUGUAUCAAAGCGAGUGACUUUUCGGGCAAGCUCCCUAAGAUUGUCCUCGAGAUGUUUACACAUUUUCCUAUGACGAAAAAGAUCGCCGAGACAACAAACUUUGAAACAGUGAGGAAACGGUUUGCCGACAAGGGAGACUCGGAGGUCAAAGAGCUUGUAUCAGAGAUUACAGUCAAAGUCAAGAAGCUCAAGGCCAGCGAGCUCGAAAGCACAGGCUAUCAGGGCACUUCCGCGUCGAGCAGAGCAAAGGCUAAACCGGGGAUGGAGCCUUCAGCCAAGCGUGGGCGAGACGAGGAGGCUGACACAAGAACGGUUAAGAAGAUUGCAGUAGAAUCAAGCGGCAAUGCUCUUAGCAGGAAACUUGCCCAGCCCAAGAUUCAACUUCAAUCAGCAUCCAAGACCAGUGCAGCAAAGGCAGCAGCAGCUUCUAUUCUGCCUGGCAAACCCAGACCAGUAGCCAAACCUGCACCAAAGCCUGAAGCCAAAGCAGACGUGAAGGUCAUAAGUGACGACAAGAUAAAAACAGAACCGAAGCCACCGCGAACUGAGACGAAACCACCGGCACCUCGAAAUGGGACCACUGCCGCUCCGACCUCAAGCUCAGCCAGCGCCCUGUCCGGCAUUGCUUCGCUCUUGGACUCGAUCAACGCACCCAAAGCCGAGAUUCCUGUUGCACCGAAGGAGACAAGUGGCCCUGAAACCUCCGAAUCACCUGAAGAGAAGGCCAAGCGUCUCCGCAAAGAGGCUCGCCGCAAGCUUCGAGUUAGCUGGAAGCCUGAAACUGAGCUCGUUCAGAUCAAGAUCUUUCAGAAGGAAGAAGCCGAGGACGAAGGACGAGAGUCGAACAUGAUCCGAGAUGCCGCCGACGACCGAUCUGAAGGAAUGGUACUGAAACAGCGUGCGAACGUAGAGGAAGAAGAGGAUGACGAAGACGUUCCUUAUCAACCUUGGAUGGGACCUGUCGCAAUCGACCUCUCUAGGCUACCAACAGACGUCCGAAACAAGAACUUUGUUACCCGAGGCGGAAAUGUCACCUUUACAACAGACGAACAGCAGCGCAUUGCAGAUAGGGAGCAACGGGAGCUCAUGGCUAUCUAUACUGACCCCGACGACAUACCGCCAUCACCCAAGUCACCAUUGCCCGAGGCUGCUGGAACUGAUCAACAGAAGACACAAUAUCUGCCUGAUGAUUCUAAGUUCCAAGAGAUCCAGCUUCGAUGGCGCGAUGAGCAGCAAAUGGGAUCUGAUGGAGCACUCUACACGGCCCUACAACGUAUCGAGGCGAAGAACAAUCCAGGAAACCGUCUCGAUUCGAUCUUGGGCAACCUCCGAGGCGCCUCUUCGGCGCCCCGCACAUCCCCUCAACAUGCCUCCCACUCACACCACCAUCCAGCCCUGGCUAAUGAUACUCUGCCUCUUGUCGCUGGCCGUACCGUGUUGGAACAGGUCAUUACGCUGCUCAAAUCCGACAAGGUCAAGAACUGGCGAGACCCUAAAACAAUGACGAACGAUGUUUGGCGUGCUUUCCAUUACUCUGACAUACCUACUCGCCUCUGCGGAGGUGCCAUUGAGGGUGUGGCCAAGUCUCUCUCAGGCAUGCCAUUUCCCAGCAAUUCGCCUCCAGAAUGGAUUCUCCAUGAUCAAGAGAAGGUCCGUGAGUGGCAGAUGGGCCACAACAAAGAACUGGCAACUCGACAGAAAAGGGCAGACGAAGAACGUGCGCGCGCAGAAGCGGAGGCCAACGCCCUGCAAGCAGCCGCAGCGGGUGCUUCGUCUGGUCAAGCACCAGCCAAUCCCCAGGACUGGGCCGCCUAUUAUGCUCAGCAGCAACAGGCUUAUGCCCCUUACAUGGCCUUGUUGCAGCAAAUCCAGCCCCAGACGACAGCUGCACCUCCACAGCAGCAGCCGCAAAUUCCUGACAACCAGCUCCAGUCCAUCCUGGCCGCUAUCAACCAGCCAUCACAGGCUUCAGGUCAAGCCUCGGCCUCGACUUCAAAUGCCGCUUCUUAUCUCAACCCCAACGAUCCAUCAUACCAGCAGUACAUGAUGCUCAGCCAAAUGACACAAGGGCAACAAGUUCCCCCUCCUCCGCCUCCACCACCCGCAGCGGAGCGAGAAUGGGACAGAGACAGAGCAUACAGCCGAGAUAGAGACCAAGAUCGAGGUUGGGACCGAGAACGGACGUAUGACCGUGAUGAUCAUCACGGGGGCAGAGGGGACCGUGAUGGAAAAGAUGGAAGAAAAAAGAAGCCUACUCUACCACCACAUAAGCCUGCUAACAAAGCACUCAUUGGCACCAAGCCUUGCACUUUCUGGCAGCAGGGCAAGUGUGCCAGAGGAGACAAGUGUACAUUCCGACACGACUAA